GUUAGUUACUGUUUACAAUGCUCUCCUCACCGGCAGGAUAGCGCUUGAGUCAAGGCUUUAUAGCAAGAAGCUUCCAUGGACGAAAAGCCUCUGCGACGCCGUUUGUCUUGUUCAGUUGUGGAAUUUGUGGAUAUAUCUAAUUUAGUGAGGUCACGCAGCUCGUGCACGAUGACGUCUGUGGGGGAGAUAGAGCCCAGUUUACUGCCGAGCCACUUCAACUCCGCUUUACGACAUUACAAAUCGUCUGCCUGCUCGGACGGCACCGCCACUAAUCUGGCAGAACGCCGCAUUAAAGGACGCCCGUCUCCCGGGAGGAUGUUCUAUAGAGAAAAAAGUGCACCGACAAGGGGCGAAAAGCAGCUUGUAAGCGGGAUUUUACAAAACAGGGGGUUUUCAAACGCGGACGCCAAUCUUUAUAGUACCGCCGUUCUUGAACAUCAGAACGCUUGGAGGCUCGUUCCUGCUUACCAGCCUUCCUCCGACAAAAACGACACAACUCCAUUACUGACAGUACGGCGUUUACAGUGUCGAACGCGAGAGGAGGAGGAGAUGGACACACCUGCCUGUGCGUCACAACAAGCUGGAAUGCAAGAUACCAAACACGAUUACGACGAACAGGAAAAAUCUGGCGGCAUUCAUAUUUAUCUUCCAAGAAUAGAAAUUGACGAAAGUUAGAUUAACACUCGAUACUGCCCCGAUUGCUCAAAAAGACUGACUUUUAAGAGGCAGAUUUUAAUAAGGCACCAUUUGCCAUUAGAUGUAACUGUUCAAAGUCAUAAAAAAGUGCACCUAAUGUAGUAUCAUGCAACCCUUUGUGAUACUUUUUCUAAGACAAGUACCAUUGAAGUUGCAUAGACACCUGCUCAGCUACGACAUUUUCUCCUCAGUAUCUGAGUACCCUGAACAACGCUAAUAAAUAGACGUUAAUCGUUUUUUUGUAUCUAUUCAAUGCAUUGAUCUUUUCAUAUCUUGCUUUAGUCUCAUUUUACCUACAUUCACAGGAAACCUGUCAGCUGUUUCUGAGGAGACACUUCAAGUAACGUGUACCCUGACAUACAGGUAAUCUAUAAUUGAUCACCGUUUUUUAUAUAUUGAUAUUUCAUUUUUGUGAAUAUAAAGGCCUCAGUACAAAGUGACAGGGUGUCCGCGAGUUUGUCUUGAUAAAGCACUUUACGUCACGACUUACUUGGUUUAUUGCAACA